AAAUUCCCAGCCCCAUAAAACCCACCCCAAUAUCUCCUUGACGCUUUGAACAGAACACCAAUCCACAUACUUGAUAUUUCUAAGCUUUUCGCAAUGAUAUCCUUCCAAACUACCCGCCUUGAUAUUCGACCCCUCGUCCUCUCCGAUGCAGAGGAUGUCUUUGAGAUGCGUCGGGAUCCGGAAGUUGCGAAAUGGGGGUCACGCGGAACACCGGAUACGACUAUUUCCCAGACGAUAGACUGGAUGCUAUCAUCUUGCGGUCCAGCAGUGUCUGAUACCAAUGAUACUACAAUAUCACCGAAAAAACCUUAUCCGAAUAUCAUAUUCGCUAUUCGGGAACUACAGCCAAGUACUCUAUAUCCCGAACCGAAGGUAAUCGGGACGAUUGGCAUCAAGCGGUUGGCGACGCCUUUGGGGCCGGCGGGGUCGAAUCGGGUGCGGUGGGAGUUGGGGUACGGGUUUCGUGUUGGUGCUUGGGGGAAAGGGUAUGCGACGGAGGCUGCGAGGGGGGUAUUGGGCCAUUUUGGCGAGAUUAAGCGGGUUUUAGAGGGGCAGGGGCAGGGGGAUGAUGCUGUGGUUGUUGCGGAUGGAUUGUGGGCUGCUACUGCGGAGGAGAAUUUAGGGAGUCAGGCUGUGUUGAGGAAGUGUGGGUUUGGGUUUGUUGGGGAGUUUGUAGAUGAGCUUGGGAGGAAGAAUUUGGAUUUUCAGGUAUUGGUUUGAUAGUAUGUUUCAUGGUUGGUAGAUGUACAUAUCGAGGCAAGGUCUGCGAAGGUUAUAUACGUGUAUACUGUACCUGUCUAGAAGUUAUGUAUAUGGUUAGUUUAGGUGCAAAAUGGGCGGUUUUCUUGCCGUGAGGACGG